AUGGACUUCAUUUCGGCUUUCCUACAGAUGGUGGCCAAGAAGAACGGCCUAUCAGACUGCACUUUAGAAUCAGUGUGGUCUGUCUAUGAUGUUCUGUUCUGCGAGAAAAUGCACAACUUUUGUCUUCCAACAUGGGCAACCACCAACGUUCUAGCCAAGCUGAAGAAAUUAAUGGAUUUCAGCUUCAUCUUCCAAUUUGGGAUCCAUGAGCGCGUCAAGAAGGCUCGUUUGCAAGGAGGUUUGCUAGUGAAUAAGAUUCUGAAGAACAUGAUGGCAAAAGCUGAUAAUUCCACCUACGACCUUAAACUUGUUGCAUAUUCUACUCAUGAAAACACCCUAGGAGCGUUACAGAUUGCUCUCAAUGUCUACAAUGGACAACAGGCCCCAUAUGCCUCCUGUCAAAUUUUUGAGCUCUUCGAGGAAGAUACUCGGGACUUCACAGUGCAGAUGUAUUUCAGAAACCAAAGUGGUGAAACACCAUAUCCAGUCUCGCUGCUAGGAUGCGCCCAUGUCUGCUCUUUGGAAGACUUUCAGGACUUGCUGCAGCCUGUUAUCACUCAAGACUGGGGAGCAGAAUGGCAGGACAUUCAUUUCAGUAAAAGAAAAAAAUCUAAAGGGGUAAUGUGAGGCUCAAAGUGAAUGAAGAAUUAUUGCCCUUUAAAUGGGUU